GUGGGACACUGUGGACACUCCCUCCCUCUUCGGGGUUCUGUUGCGUUUUCAAAACUUCACUUAAUUAAAGAAUUUCGUCGCAGGCGGACGCUGCAAACUCGCGGACGGUUUCAGACACAGGUUUGUGUUUCUUCUACAUGUGCAGCACAACAGACCCCCCAAAAACAACAUGACUCCGGAGGAAACAGCCAGAGGAGCUUCUACUCGAAGUAUGGGGCCGGAGAAAGGAAUAAGUGAAGAUGGGGCUCACCCAAGAGCGAAGUGGGGCAACAAAAUGGCGUUUAUGUUCAGCGCUAUUGGGGUCAUGGUUGGUCCUGGAACUAUUUCGCGUUUCCCCUUUUAUCUCUCUGUCCAUGGAGGAGUUGUUUUCCUCAUCCCUUACUGCUUCAUGCUCUACUUCUGUGGCUUCCCCUUGUUCUUCAUGGAGCUAGCACUGGGCCAGUACACCAGCGAGGGUGCAGUUACAGCCUGGAGGAAGAUUUGCCCCAUGUUCGAGGGGGUUGGAGUUGCGUGUCAAGUGUACGUGUUUUACAUUAUCACCUACUUCAUUGUGAUAAUUGCCUGGGUAAUCUUCUACUUCAUAUACUCCUUCAUGAGUCCCCUGGCCUGGUCCACGUGUGACAACUGGUGGAACUCUGGAGAGUGUAAGAUUCCCACGCCUGACUGGUCAUUCAUAAAUAGCACCAUCACAGCGGGCGACUACGAUCCCUAUUACAACAUCUCCGUAGAGUCUUCAUGGCCCAUGUCAGCGGACAACGAGUUCUGGCAACUCCGUGUGAUAAGACAGUCACCUGACUUUUCCCUGGGUGUGGUUCACUGGGACAUGGCUCUGUGUCUCCUGGCUGCCUGGGUUAUAUGUUACUUCUGUGUAUUUAAAGGGAUCAAAUACACAGGAAUGGUGGUCUACUUAACAGCUACCCUCCCCUACCUGAUAAUGGUGAUCUUCUUCUUCCGUGUUGUGACACUCCCUGGAGCUUUAAGCGGCCUGGAACAUUACUUCUAUCCCAAUUUAGAUGUGCUUGCUGACAUAAAUAUCUGGCUUGGCGCACUAACACUUGUGAUGUACACCGUCGCUGUGAGUCACGGAGUAAUGAUUGCUUUGGGAAGCUACAACAAAUACAACAAUGACUGCUACAGGGACUCCUACACGCUGUUCGGUGUGACCAUCGCUACCAAUUUGGCUUUCACUGUUGUUGUGAGUUCACUGAUGGGAUUCCUGGCUGAGGUCAGGCAAAUGUCGGUCCAUGAAGUUUUAGCUACUGGUCCUGGACAAAUCUUCCAGGCAAUUCCCGUGGCUCUGGCACACAUACCUGGUGCACAUUUUUGGGCAGUGCUCUUCUUCCUCAUGAUGUUCUUCCUGAACAUCGACACACAGUUUUUGUAUUUGGAGGGUUUGGUCACAGCUGUCACAGACAUGUUCCCUCAUCGCCUGCGUGGAAGGAGAGAGAAGCUCACCCUGGUCAUAGUUGUCGUUUGCUUUCUGCUUGGGCUGCCAUUUAUCACUGAGGGAGGGUUGUUACUCUUUUACCUGGUUGACCAUUUCGCUAUGAAUGUAACCUGUUAUUUCUUCAUCGCUUGUUUCGAGACUGUUAUCAUCGGCUGGGUGUAUGGAGCAGACCGCUUCCUGGACAACAUAGAGGAUAUGAUCGGGUAUCGGCCAUACCCUGUGAUUAAGUACUGCUGGUUGUUCGUCACGCCGCUCGUCUGCGGGGUGGCUUUUCGGUAUCACGAGAUCUUCCCGGCCUCUUUCUGGUUUGAGGAUUAUGAACCCUCUCUGUCGUAUACCAUUUUUGGUGCCAUUCUUAUGGUCGCUCCGCUGAUCUGCAUCCCGGUGUACAUACUGCUCACACUGUGUAGGAAUGGCAACAACAUGGCGACACCGUCCAGCAACUUGCGUCAGGCCCGGCCUCACAAGCCACUGCUGUCGCUGUGUAAGCGCGUCAUCUUCAGCGCGCCGCCGACCAGGACUGUGGACGAAGGGAACGAGAAGAUAAUGAUGGGAGAACCCAGCGGAGUUUGAAGGUUUUUUCAAUGACACUCCACACUAUGUAAACAAUGGCAAUAAUGAAUUGUACCAAUCUGUGAUGACUAUACACAUAAUUUGAAUGACUUGUGAAGUUUCUUUACAAAUGUUUAAGUCAGGGAGGGCUUUGUUGUUGUUGUUGUUGUUGUUGUUGUCCCAUCUAUUUACCUGUGUACGAUUUGUGUAAUGAAUGUGGACAAAGCUUCAGCAGCCUAUGAUGCCAAUUUUGUGAAAUAGGUCGUCAUUAACAUGGAAGGUAGAGUAUGAGAGAGUGUACGCCAGUGUGAUUGACGCCUGAUAUCGUUCAUUAGGUACUUGGCUGCAGGUGAUGUUUAUGAACUACCGUUUGCAAAAACUGUCAAACGAUCAGUCAAAUCACAAAUCUCGAGGCUUCAUUCUUUACUUAUAAUGACCCCCAGUAUAAUCUUAUAUACUGCGACCAUACUAAUCCUAGUCCUAAGUAUGUAUAGCACCAGUAGAAGUCCCUGUUUGUCUGGUAAACACAAAAAAAAUAUAUAUAUAUACAGUAUAUUUUUUUUUGUCAUACCAAAAUAUCAAAGCAGUUUGCACAGGUUUCAGUGUACUGUUAUUGUGCGUUGUGUGUGUGUGUGUGUGUGUGUGUGUGUGUCAUCGUCCGUAUAUCACUUGACAGUGUAUGUUUUUUUCUACAACCAAAGUGAACCGAUUUACAUUUGAGGAUAUGUAAAACAUGUUUUUAUGUCAUGACGUUGCCGUACUUUGUGAUACUUUUGUUCAAAAUCUAUAAUUACCAUAUCA